AUGCUCGUCUUUUGCCCCACUUGCUCCAACCUGCUCGUCGCUGGAACCUACCAAGACUCGAGGGAGAACGUCAUGUUCCGCUGCGCCACAUGUCCAUACGUAUACCAAGUCCAAUCCAUGAUUGGAAACAUGCGCGAAAUGAACAAGAAGGAGGUCGAUGAUGUGAUGGGCCGCGAGAGUGACUGGGACAACGUCGACCAAACCGAUGCCAACUGCCCAAAGUGCGGACACACAAAGGCGUACUACCGCCAAGUACAAACGCGCUCGGCAGACGAGCCCAUGACCAUCUUCUUGCGAUGCUCCAAUAUGGAAUGCAAACACAACUGGCGAGGCGAUUAA